AGCUUGAAUGUCUGUUGAAGAUUUAACAUCAGUUGUCAUCGACAAUGGUUCUAAUACGAUUAAAGCUGGUUUUGCGGGAGAUGAUGUGCCAAGGACCGUAUUCCCAGCUAUUGUUGGCAGACCCCGAUAUAAGGAAGGUUUACUUGGUCUGCAACUUAAAGACAGUUAUAUCGGCGAUGAAGCACAGUCUAAACGAGGGUUACUGACCCUAAACCGUCCGAUAGAACGUGGUGUUGUAACAAACUGGGACAACAUGGAGGCGAUAUGGCAUCAUUGCUUCUACAAUGAACUCUGCGUUGCCCCGGAAGAACGCCCAAUAUUACUCACUGAAGCUCCACUCAACCCUAAGGCAAAUCGAGAGAAAAUGACACAAAUAAUGUUUGAAACGUUCAACGUGCCUGCUAUGCACGUGGAUAUACAAGCAGUUCUGUCGUUGUAUGUAGGAGGUAGGACGACCGGUGUAGUAUUCGACUCAGGCGAUGGCGUGUCUCAUGUGGUACCGAUCUACGAAGGAUACGCGCUCCCGCACGCCAUUGAACGCGUUGAACUUGGUGGACGUGAUCUCACAUUAAAUUUGAAAAAAAUAUUAGUAUCAAAAGAUAUAUACCCUUUCACGAACAGCCCAGAUGAUACAGAAAUCGUACGAGAUAUAAAAGAAAAGAUCUGCUACGUCGCCCUUGAUUUUGAACAAGAAAUUACAACUGCUGCAUUUGGUUCAGCGUUGGAAAAAAGUUACGAACUUCCAGAUGGACACGUUAUCACAAUCGGAAACGAACGAUUUCGAUGUCCCGAAGUUCUCUUCCAACCGUCAUUCAUCGGCAUGGACCAUUGUGGAAUUCACGAGACAAUAUUCAACAGCAUAAUGAAAUGUGACGUGGACAUUCGCAACAAUUUGUAUCAAAAUUGCGUGCUCUCGGGUGGGUCUACAAUGUUUUCAGGUAUUGCAAAUCGUCUGCAGAAAGAAAUGACGUCAUUAGUACCUACGGGUGUGAAUGUGAAUACCAUAGCUCCUCCAGAACGAAAGUAUUCCCCAUGGAUGGGCGGCUCUAUAUUAGCCUCUUCAUCCAUAUUUAAACAGACAUAUAUACAAAAACAAGAAUACGACGAAUCAGGGCCUGGAGUCGUCCACAGAAAAUGUUUUAAAACUUAAUAUAUAGGCUUAUGUAUAUUGAAAACAUGACAUGAAUAUUAUGGUAAGUAGGCAUUGCAAUCAUUGACGAUGUUCCGUAGGAGAUUUUAGAUCGUGUUCAAAAAAUUAAAAAAAAAGACAAUUCAGAAAAAUGUUGUGUCAUGUGUGGAUUCAAUAGCGAUCACAGCGCAAUGUAGUACCUACCAACCACAUAAGCUUUUGUUUUUUAAUAUAAGAACCAGUAACAUUUUUACGCAUGGUCAGUGUUCCUAUUUGUUCGGCCAAUUGCAGGCUCAAAUUGUUUUGUUCUCAUUUUACUCACUUCUUCGAAGAUAUAAAUUAAAUUAUAUUACUGUAGGCCUGUAUUAAUUAUUCUAGAUAGUAUUACAUACUCACUACCAACAGAAUUUUACAUUCACUCUUUUAGAACCUAAAGAGAGAAUUCUUACAUUUUACUUCAGCCUUUCUCAAUUGUUCUUAUUUUGUUCUUAUUUUUCAAAGCAACUUCAGCUUCGGUGUUCUUAUAAAAUGUGUUGUUAUAAACAAAAGUUAGCGCGCAACGUGAGAUCAGCAAAUCGAGCUCACGUUAUUAUAUAUCGGCCUAUUAUUUCACUUCUCUGUAUAUGAUUGAUUAUUUGUUAUUUUUGUUUAAAUUUCAAUGUUUUUUAUUGUUUGGAGACCCGUUCUAGAGAUAUAAGCCUUCUUCAGUUCACUGUUGGAAAUGCUGUCUCAUUGCUUUAUGUAUUUUACUUUGAAUGAGAAAAAAGAAAUGUU